AUGGCAACCGCCUCUCCAGCAACAAGUAGUGGGGAUAUUCUGGAUCCAGAUUUCGAAUCACCCAAUCGCAAGGCCAAUGUGUUCUCAUCAACAUUCAAUCUUUCAGCAACUAUCGUGGGCGGUGGUGUCUUGUCCCUUCCAUUGGCGUUUGAACGGUGUGGAAUCAUUCUGGGGUCCAUCUUGAUGGUGAUUGCUGCAAUUGUGACAGAGCGCUCCAUGUACUUGCUAUGUUUGUGCGCUCGAAUGACUGGAUCAACAAGCUAUGGUGAAGUUGGAAAGGUUGCCUUUGGAAAAUCCAUGGAAUAUUUUGUAUCGAUCCUCUUGUUUGUGAUACUUCAAUUUGCGCUGGUGGCCUACAUGGUCUUGCUUCAAGACAUUUGGACGUCUGUCCUUUACCUUUGGUUUCCAGAGGCACAAGACAUUGACAAGACCAUGGUUCUACUGGUCAUUCUUCUGAUCAUGAGUCCAUUCUUUGUACAAGACACAUUACACGCGCUACGAUACAACUGCUACGUGAGCUUUGCAUCCGUGUCGAUUCUUUGUUUGGCACUUUGUCAUUCCGCAUUCAUCACGAUUGUUGCACCCGAGCAUUCGACAAGUGUCGCAGUGGAAGUAGAAGAAACGACGCUGAAAUUGUGGAGCAGCUCGGCAGAUGAUGUUCUCUUUGCCUUUCCUAUCAUUACCCUCUCGUUUCUUGGAAUUUUCAACGCACUACCAAUCCAGAAUUCAUUGCAGCAGCCGACCCGAAGCCGUAUUCGAUUGGUCCUCAAUGGUGCGAUUGGUAGUUCUCUUGUGCUAAUGCUCCUUUUUGGGUUGGGCGGUUAUUUGUAUGCUCGAGAUGACACUGAUGGCAAUAUUCUGAACAAUAUUUCCGCUUCGGGGGGUCUGUUUUUCUUGUUGGGACGGUUGGGGUGCGGAGUCACAAUCAUGUUGGCCAUGGCUAUGAUCUUGUUGCCAUGUCGUUCUAGCCUUAUGGAAGUCUUGAACAUGCUCCUGCAGGACAGCAGUGAUACUGCAAAACAUGAUGCUGGAACACAAGUAUCAUCGCAUGUGACCGGGGAAGAGACUCCCCUACUCGCAUCUGAAGCUGGCGACGACAAACAAGUAACAGUGCUGGGCACUACACAAUACUUCCAUGAACAAAGCAAAACGAUGGACAAGUACUACUGGUGGAUUCACUAUACUUGUACAUUUGGGAUUGUUAUAUUUUGCUACGUGAUUGCCAUUCACGUUCCUGGAGUUGCUGUGGUAUGGAGCGUUUGCGGAUCUUUCUUGGCUUUCUUGAUUGCCUUUACUCUUCCGUGCGCCUUUUAUCUCAAGCUACAACACGAGAGUGAGCAGAUGCCAGACAAUGCAACAAAGGCACUCGUUGCAUUUUCAUGGUUCUUGCUGGUGACAUCAAGCAUUGCAGCGAUUGCUUGUACGAUUCAAACUACCAUGGGAUUUCUGAAGGCUGGAUAG